AUGUGUAACGUGCGUUGUGCCAUACAUUACAAAGAGAUUACCAUUUCAGAAGUUGGCGUGCUGUGGUGGUUUCAUAAAAUGCACCAUUCUUCCGAGUACUUCAAUCUCAGCACUGGUUUACGAUUACCAGCACUUCAGGAUGUCGCCCAAAUGCUUCCUGAACUGUUGCAAGCUUUCUUCAUUCCUCCCAACAUAUACAUAGUUCAUCGCGCUCUGAACCUUACAUAUCAGUUCUGGCUUCAUACAACUGCAAUACCUUACCUCGGUCCUAUUGAAUACUUUUUAUGCACUCCAUCCAGCCACCGAGUUCACCAUGGCAGGAAUCCUUACUGUAUCGACAGGAACUAUGGCACCACCUUAAUUAUUUGGGACAGAAUUUUUGGCACUUAUGAAAGGGAACGAAAAGACGAAGAAAUAGUAUAUGGAUUGGUGAAGCCAGUAAACACAUUCGAUCAGCUGUACAGUCAGUUCUCUGAGCUCAAGGCUCUGACUUAUGAUAAAGGUCAGUUGAGGAACGAAAAAGAUGAAGAAGUGUUCCCGGGUGUGUGGAAUAAGGUCAAAAAGCCGCUUUCUUGCCGCCGGCUUACGUUCCACAGGAACUGCGAACAAAGUGUUUCCUUCCUUUCUCGCUUCGCUCUGCAGUUUGACCUGGUGCGGCUGAUCUGGAUGACGCGGCUAUUGUGUUGA